GUGUUUGGUUGUAAGUUGUCCUUUCUUUGGUAUUUUUAUUUAUUUAUUUGACAAAACAUCGAGAAAGUAACCAAAACAAACAAACAGGACGAAUCGAAAAAUGAAUUCCACAAAUCGAUCAUCAUCAAAAGAAUCAAAACGGCAGCCAUGUUCCGGUGUAUUUCGUUCGGAAGAAAUGUUAUUAUGUCAGCUAUUUCUACGAUCAGAUGUUGCAUUUCAAGCUACAUGUCGUCUUGGUGAAUUAGGAAUCGUUGAAUUUCGUGAUCUAAAUGGCGAUCUAAAUGCCUAUCAACGUAAAUAUGUGGAUGAAAUUAAACAUAUUGGCGAAAUUCAACGAAAAUUAAUUUAUCUGUAUCAACAAAUGUUGAAAAGUAAUUUUCCCAUUAUCGAGCCAACAGAUGAUCCUGCCAUACCAAAAUUAAAAGAAGUGAUAGCAUUAGAAAAUCAGAUUGAAAAGUUCGAAAGCGAUUUACGUGAAAUUAAUGAACAUCUAUAUUCGUUACGAAUAGAACGAUCAGAAUUAGUAGAAAUGUCAAUGAUUUUGGCAAAAACAAAUCAAUUACUUGAAACAACACGUCGACAGCGACAAUCAUCGUUUAAUGGACAAUAUCCAAUGACCGAUUCCAAUAUGAUGGCCAAUCAAAAUCAGGCUCUGGAUCUAGAAGAACCUGACAAUUCGUUUGGUAUUCCUAAACAAUCUCAACAAGCAUAUGAAUGUAAUCGAAUACAUACUGUUACUGGAUUAUUGAGAGCCGAAAAAGCACUUUCAUUUCGUAAAGUAAUUUGGCGUGUUUGUGGUCAGAAUGCGUUGAUACAAUUUUUUGAUGUUGACGAUGCGAUCGAUGAUGCAAAAGCCGAAGAAUUUGUACAGAAAAAAAUUUUUCUUAUCAUGUGUCAAGGUGAUAAAUUGUUUGGAAAAAUUAAGAAAAUUUGCGAUGGUUUUCAUGCAUCCCAAUAUCCGUUGCCCGAUGAUGAAGAUCAUUAUCGACGAUUAUGUACAAAAGUUGAACAAAAUUUGACUGACAUUCAGUUGGUUAUCGAAGAAACACGUUUACAAUAUCUUGCAAUAUUGACUACUCUUGCAAAACCACAACACUUUCCAACAUGGAAAAUACAGGUGACCAAAUUUCGUGCGAUAUUCACAACGAUGAACAUGUUUCAAAAAACUGAAAAAGGUUUUCUUGCUGAAGGAUGGUGUGCACGUAGUGAUUAUCAUUUACUUAACGGUAUCGUACAGGAAAUCAAUGAUCGUGCCGGUAUUCUUGGCCAAGCUGUAGUGGAAAAGGUGUCAACAACAAGUACGCCACCAACAUAUUUUCGUUUGAAUCGUUUUACACAAGGAUUUCAAAAUAUUGUUGAUUCAUACGGUAUUGCAACUUAUCGUGAAAUGAAUCCAGCACCUUAUACGAUCAUUACGUUUCCAUUUUUAUUCGCCAUGAUGUUUGCCGAUGCUGGUCAUGGAUUUUUAAUGAUGUUGUUUGGUUUAUGGAUGGUUCUAUAUGAACGACGACUUAAAGGCAAAAGUAACAAUGAAAUUUGGCUCACAUUUUUUGAUGGACGUUACAUCAUUCUUUUGAUGGGUUUAUUUUCAAUCUAUACUGGCUCCAUCUAUAAUGAUAUUUUUGCCAAAGGUUAUAAUCUUUUUGGUACAAGUUUUAUUGCAAAUCCACCAGCAAUUCAAAUGUUGGACAAUCUAAUCAUAACAAAUGAAGAUAAAAAUAAUAACACUGUAUUCGAUAAAAAUUCCCAAUUCUACAUUCCAAAAGGUGAUCGAUCAUAUCCAUACGGAAUUGAUCCUGCAUGGCAAAUAUCAUCGAACAAAAUUUUAUUCUUAAAUUCAUUUAAAAUGAAACUUUCGGUUAUUGUGGGUGUCACUCAGAUGUUUUUCGGUGUAAUGAUUUCAUUUUGUAAUCAUUUUAAUACAAAAAAUUGGACAUCAAUUUUAUUUGAAUUUAUACCGCAAAUAAUAUUUUUAUUGUCAUUAUUUGGCUAUAUGAUUGCAUUGAUAUUUGUCAAAUGGAUAAAGAUUUGGUCACCACCGGCUAAUGCACCAUCUAUUCUUAUUGAUUUUAUUAAUAUGUUUUUGAUGAAAUAUCCGAAUGAACAAGCACCGGAAACUAAAUAUCUUAAUCCAUGGUAUCCACAUAAAAAAGAAAUACAGACAACAUUAUUGUUAUUGGCAUUGAUACAGGUUCCGAUUAUGUUACUAAUCAAGCCAACAAUCAAAGUAUUUUUUACAAAUCGUCGACAAAGAUCACCUAAUAUUGAAGAAUCAACAGCAUCAACUAGUCAACAACAGGAUAAUGGUCAUCAUAAUGAAGAUGAGAAUAGUACUGGUGAUAUUUAUAUCUAUCAAGCAAUACAUACAAUCGAAUAUUGUCUUGGUUCCGUAUCACAUACAGCAUCCUAUCUUCGUUUAUGGGCAUUAUCAUUAGCUCAUAGUCAACUAUCUGAAGUACUAUGGACAAUGGUUAUGCAUGCAGGAUUUGCAAACGAUAAUCCUAAUCUUAUCGUACGUGUUAUCAUUACUUAUUUUUCAUUCGGAUUUUGGGCAGUACUAACUGUUGUUAUAUUGGUUGUUAUGGAAGGAUUAUCCGCAUUUUUACAUGCAUUACGUUUACAUUGGGUUGAAUUUCAAUCAAAAUUCUAUACCGGUAAUGGUUAUGCAUUUCGACCAUUUUAUUUACAACGAAUUCUAUCUGAAACAAAUAUAUUGAUCGAAUAGAUUGGAUAAUCUUUUUAAUUAUUAUUUAUAUUGAUCAAUCCAUUUUAUUUAUUUAAACUAGAACAAAUUAUAUUUUUCAAAAAUUCAUUUUAUAGAC